AUGUUGUCGGCGUGGACCUGGCCAAUGCGACCAGCUCCGAUGAUACCGAUGUUGAGACGACGUUCGGUUUCGUCCGGUAUGACAGCCUUCAAGCUCUCCUUGGGGACCUCCUGGACGGACAUGCGGGCUGUGCGCGGGACGGACGGGAAGGCGGCGCGUAUUGAGCGGAGGCCAUUGGUGUGGCCGGUGAACAGUAGGCUUGAGCCAGGGGGAGGAGACGGCGGACGGAAGGACGAAUGCCGCGGAAACCAUGGUGAGGGAGUGGUCAGAAGAAACUGGAUAGGGUGA